AUGCGCUCCAAUGCAGACACAUCUGAGGAUCCGAAGAUGGACUCCGAGCGCGGUUCGAGGAUCGACCUCGGCACGGAGAUAGAUGAGCACGAAGGGCUCGGGAAUUCUCUGUAUCUAGGCCAGAUUGACAUCAUUCCAGAGGUCCGGAAGUGUGACCUUUUGCACUUCAAAAACCGGUUCAACGCCGCCGAGGAAGCAAGAACGGCGACUCCGACAGAGCAUCCCGAAGAAUCGCGUAAAGUCCAAAAGCAAAGAUUUAAUGUCCACAUCGAAGUUGGCCUCAAGAGGCAAGCCUUCGAAAUCCGUAUCGCAGCCAUCGCAAGGCAUCCACACCGGGAAGGCAGACAGCAAGUUGAUUUCGAGGAUUCGAAUACAAUCACCAACAAUCCUGUCCAUUUUGUCAAAGAUCAUGCCAGAGUCUUGGGGCAGCCAGCCUCGGACGUUCAUUCGGCCUUCAGCCCCCUCAUCUAUUUCCAUCCACAGGUUUUAGAUUUUCUGAAAGAGCUGGAGCUCAAGUGGGGCCAGAAAGAUGAAACUCUUGAAGCAGCUCGAACUCCGGCUAGCUUAGACGGAAAUUCCGAACUAACAAUUGAGGGAGACAAAGCUUCUGUGGGUGAUAGCGCAGCAGCGCUUGCAGACUUGAAAUGUUAUGUUCAAUUCAUGGAAAGCGAGAUCAUACCUCUCUAUUCUCAGUUCGACAAUUUGAAUGGAACCUCCAAUGCAAAAGUACGGUUUCACGAUCUGUGGUAUCUUUUCAGAACUGGCAAACUUAUCUACCGAUCUGUGGGAGGCGGCCAGAUCCAGGAGACAAACGAUUUCAGCCUCGGUCACAGAGCCUGGCGCAUUCUUGCGGCCGGGACUCAAUUCACGUCUCCCCAAAAUCGAAAUCACGUCAGCGAUGAUGACGGAGAGAAGGCCCCUUUUGAAGUUGAAUGUUACUAUAUCGACUUUACUGGAGAAGAAUUCUGCGUAGUAACUGACACUUUCGAGAUUCAUCCGUAUGAAGGGGUGCGUCCGAUCCAGUCGCUGAAGGUGUUUCCAUAUCGGUUUCUCACAAAUCACGAAGAAAGACUCGAGUUUUACACGCAGUAUGGGCAAAAAUUCCUCUGCAGUAUCGAGGAAAGACACAGAGCAUAUAAUUGGUGGACGGUGACGAGGUCUCCCCUUGGACAACCGACUACCGUUGCAGAGGGUAACGAUCUUAAGCGUUCCGAGUAUGUCGAUAGUGAAGUCAUUAUCGAUUUUGUCGAGGCGUUUCAGACAUGCCCCUCAUGGAAACCAGUACCGUCUAUUUUGAAGCCCCAAGAGCCUCGCAGGUUGACUGUGGUCGACGAUUUUUACACAUGCUGUUGGUCGGAUUCCCAAAGAACAACGCUUCUGGCCGAGACAACCGAAAUAAUCGUCCUACGUGCAGCGAUCAGCACGUACGAGCGAAAUAAGAACCUCGUCGAAGACAAAUUUCUAGCCAGAAUUCGAGAGAACAACAAGAACAACAGACUGACAACUUCCGAAUGCCUGCAUGACUGCGAUCUACCGCUCCUCCCAAGCCGAGUCUUUGGUUACGUACUACGGGAUCGGAAGUUCGUACAAUUGGAUGUAUACGGACUUGGUCCUGUAAAAGAGUCCAGCGAUGGCUUUGAUUGUCUCAAAAUCAACCAUCGCUACAAAGAUUUGAUCAAGGCACUUGUUGAGGAUCAUUUCAUGAAGAAGAGCUCAGACAGGAAGGACGGCAUAACGCGCACUUCUUUGGAUUGGAUUAAGGGCAAAGGAAAGGGUUUGUUUAUCUUGCUUCAUGGAGUGCCCGGCGUUGGCAAGACAGCAACAGCUGAGGCCGUCGCCCAAGCAAGUGGAAAGCUGUUGUUCGCCAUCACCUGUGGAGAUCUUGGCUUGACGCCUACCGAAGUGGAAACCGCACUACGAAGGAUCUUUCGACUUGCGAACACCUGGGACUGUGUCUUACUAUUAGAUGAAGUCGACACCUUUUUUUCGCAGAGGUCAAAAGGAGAUGUCACACUGACCAAGAACGCUUUGGUUUCAGUAUUCUUACGGGUGCUGGAAUACUAUGAUGGCUUGCUCUUUCUGACUACCAACCGCCCCGGAGCCCUUGACGAAGCAUUUAAGUCAAGAAUACACCUCACCUUAUACUACCCACCACUUGACUUGCAGCAAACAAUGGAGAUCUGGAAAAUGAACAUUGAUCGGCUGCGAAGAGUCGAAAAAGAACGCUGCAUGGACACGAACCUGCCACCUCUUCAAAUUAAUGAGCAAGAAAUUCUGCGGCUGGCUGAAGAGAAGUUCAACGAGUACAGGGGUAAGUAUCGUUGGAACGGCAGGCAAAUCCGCAACGCUAUCCAGAUUGCCUCAUCGCUCGCACAUUUCGAUGCAAGGAAGGAUAACAUCCAGCCGAGAUUGACUACCGAGCACUUCAAAAUGAUACACGUCGUCACGGAAGACUUUGAUCAAUUCAUGCAGGAAACUGUGGGCAAAACGGACGGCGAGAUGGCUUUCGAGCGCGGUGACCGUUCCGAUCACUGGAAGCGUGAGCAACCCAGAGCAGAGGAUGUUCAGGCUUACAACCCUGGUGCUCUCUCACCCGGAGGCCAAUAUGCCGGGGCAAUUGGCUUUGGACAGCGGCAGCCAUCCAUCACGGGGCGACGGCCGAGCAGUCCUUUCGAUAGAAGCCAGGACGAGUCGUCCAAUUUUCUGGGACUACGCAUCCCGUCGCCAAAUCGCGCAAAGCAGCGUCCAUUUUUGGGAAGCCCUCCGUCAAUCUCUUUUAACAAGGGACCCGAUCCCAGGUUUGGACACAGAGAGCGCAGCCCGGGAAGGGCAUACGUCAACGGGCAUGGGCACGGCCAUGGAUAUAACGGCCUGGGCAAUGAGGACUUGUCACCAGAUGAUACCAAUGAGCUUGAACGCCCUGGGGGAAACUUCCGGAACCGGAAGCAUGAACGUGAGAGCUCUGAAUCCGAAAGCCGGGCUUGGUCCAAAAGAAGGAGAGAGAGCGAUUAUGAGGACCAAGAAACCCUUUCUUCGUGAAUUCAGAAGCGAUACCCCUUGGAAAAUAAUGAUGUAAGUUCAUAAGGAGUAAGUUGAGCAGCAGUCGGGCAUCGGCAGAAAUUAUGUGGAGCCAGCGAUGGGAGAAUGUCUCGAUAUGUAGAAAACUAGGAUCACUUUACUUCUCG